AUGUCGUCUUCGCUGGAACGUGUGCCACAUGUGCGCCAUGCCACGCUACCCGCACAGACCACUCCCGAACAACGAUACUGGCGGGGAUUUACGAGCUCGCAGCUUGUGAAGGAGCACAACUCUGUUACUCACAUCCAUUUUGAUCCAAACCCUUCGCACGAUUUUGCAGUUACGUCCUCCACAAGAGUGCAGGUGUUCUCUUCGAAGACCCGCAAAGUGUCGAAGACGUUUUCGAGAUUUAAAGAUACAGUCUACUCGGGAGAGUUCAGACACGACGGAAAAUUGCUGGUAGCCGGAGACGCUUCUGGUUUGGUGCAGAUCUUCGAUGCGCUGCACCCUCGUACGUUGCUUGUUUCGCUUUCACCAUCAAGCCAUCCGACCCACGUGACGAAAUUCAGUCCAGGAAACACCACACAGCUGCUCACCUGUUCUGACGACAGAAUCGCCAGAUUGUACGACAUUGCCGACACCCAGCGGCCGAUUGUGAGCUUUGGGGACCACGAGGACUAUGUGCGGAGUGCGCAGUUCAUCAACGGAGUGUCGACAAAUUUAAUAGUGACGGGAUGUUACGACGACUAUGUGCGGAUCUUUGACGCGAGAGUCGGAUCGCAGCCGAUCAUCAAAUUCGACCACCAGGACCCCGUUGAGGACGUUUUGUCGCUGAAUCCAACUAGUCUGGUGUCCUGCGGUGGCUACAGCGUCAAGACCUGGGAUUUAACCGCGGGCAAGAACACACGGAGCCUUGCCAACUUCAGCAAGACGGUCACGUGCCUCUCUGACGCUGGCGAGCGCGGAGUGCUGGCCGGUUCGAUCGACGGACAUUUGAAGGUGUUUGACUCGCAGUCGGUGAACUGGGAUGUCAAGUUUGGCUGGAAGUUUGGUAGCGGGGUCCUGAGUUGCGGUGUGUCGCCUAAUCACAAACAUCUGGUGGUGGGACUGAACUCUGGUCUGCUCACCAUUAGAACCAGAAAGACAGAGCCAAAGGUGCAACAGGGCGUGAAGCAGGUCAAGUCUGCCGCUUUUGCGCGGAUGAUGCGCGGCUCCGAGUACCACGGCGAGAGCGAGUUCCGCGUCGUGGACGAUAGCAACGCCAGUUCCAAGAAACUGAAGCAGUUCGAAAAAGAUCUCAACAACUUCAAGUGGUCCGAGGCCUUGGACCAUGCUCUUGUGUCUGGAAUGUCCAAGGAGUCUACACUGUCCUGUAUGGAGGAACUGAGAAAGCGCGGUAAAGUGAGAAUUGCUCUUGGAGACAGAGACGAGGCUACUUUGGAGCCACUGCUCACCUGGUGCUUCAAGAAUAUCACCGAUUCCAGAAACGUCAGUGUCAUUGCAGACUAUCUCACUUGCAUACUGGAGAUGUACGGCGACCUGAUUGAGAAACAGCCCGUUCUGGAGGAACUCGUGUGGGGACUCCAGAAGCGUGUGGAGCAGGAGAUCCUCAAGUGCGAGGAGGCAUACAAAAUCGGCGGAAUGCUCCAGCUCCUGGCUGCUUAA